CUUUUAUUUAUUUUUUUAUAUGUAAAAUGAUUUAAGAUUUAAAAAGCUAAAAGUUUGAAAAUGCGUGUCGGUGGUUAAUGGCGUGCGAUCUCUUAGUCUCUAUUAUUUCUCGCAAACAAUGUCCUCCAUACACAGUUAAGUUCAAAGUGAGAAGGUAAAGACUAGAGUUUGUAAUGUUGUAAAGUAAAGUAAAGGCAUUAAAAGUUUGCUAACAAGAAACAGUUGAAGGUUGGACUAAAGCAAAAAUUAAGAAGCAAUAUUUCAGAAAAUAGAAAAUUUUAUCACCAGAACUUACCAUGAAAGGAACACUAGGUAGAUCAUUGCCCUCAACAUCCAAGCAAGAAUGCAAUGCAUGCAAAAAUGUCCAGGUCUACAUAGAGAUAGGGCACAAAGCUUGGCUUCGAAGUCCCGAAAACCAGGAACCUGGGAAGACACAUGACUGGGUGCUGUUUGUUUGUGGGAAGGACAACCAGGAAUGCAAUUACGUUGACAAGGUAGGCUUCCGACUUCAUGAAACCUUCGAAAAUCCGGACAGAGUUGUGAAUGAGCCACCAUUUGAAAUUCGUGAAUCUGGUUAUGGCAGUUUCUUAGCGACGGUUAUUGUGCAUUUCAAAGUGAGAGAGGCUCCCGAACUGCAUGUGGCGAGUUACUACUACGACUUGACCUUGCCCGCUGAAGGCCAAUCACCGAUUGGACUCUCGAGAUGUGAGAAGGUUACAUUCAAAUCAGUGUCCAUGGAUUUUGUUGAGUUGGUACUCAGUGGAGGCGGGAUCAUUGUGUCUGAUGAGGUUGCUGAUGAUGCCCUGGAAAACCAGCAGCCGGCACUCCCUUAUUAUCAAGAAAACCAAAUAAUUCCAUUCGAAUCUUUUCUGCCAAAUUUCCCAGAAACAACAGCCACCAAAAACAAAAAAUCUAAAAAGCAGAACAAAAGCAACAACUGCACACCAACUUCUGAUCAAAUAGCUAUAGAAAAAAGACAACUAGAGAAAAAUUUAUUCAGUCAAGACAUUGUGAAAAAAAGUAAAUCCGAUUCUAAACCGCAUAAGUCUGCAAUAACAUCUGAUCACAGUAAGCACUCCUCCGAGUCAAAAGUGAAGAAGAAAUUUGAAUCAUCGAAUUUCAGAUCUAGCAACAGUCCGUCACAUGUGUCUGCAUUAGAUUAUUCACCUCCUACUGUUAAACAGCAGUCAAAAAAAAACAAAGAAAAGACAGCAAGUGGACCCACUGGUAAGGCGAGUUUUCAAUCAUAUCAUAAAUCAAGCAGCGUAUUAAAAAAUUCCAGCUCAAAAAGAAAUGAGGAAACACCAAAGAAAGAUAAUAAACACAAAUCAGAUUUGCCCAGCAAUAAAUCGUUUGGUUUGUCGACCUGCAAAGGAAGUGCAAUCGACAAAUUUCAGAGCAGCUCCAAUGAUGAAAGUGAUGAACAGACUGCAGAAAAUGUGCAGACAAGUUAUAAAAAGUCUUCUCUGGACAAAAAAAAAUUUUUGAAAAAGCAAAUAGGCAGCAAAUCCAUCGCAACCAAGCCAGUAUCUCACCUCGAAAGUGCUCAUCUCGAUUCUGACGCCAAAGAGUCAUCAUCAAAAAGUAAAAGAUCCUCUAAUGAAUCAUCUGCAUCUUCUGGACCUGUCGACCACUCAAUAAUUUACCAGUCUCCUAGAUAUUCACCCCAGUCUGACACUUCACAUUUCUCUGCAUUAGGGGAUGUUCAAUACGUUUCAUACAUGGGCGAGACUACUAGCGGAUUACCCCCUCAAGAACUCAUGGAGAUACAGGAUAGAAUCAUGAAUCUGAAAGAUGAUGAGGAAGAGGGAAUGAUUUAUCUAAACAUUUUCAGAGUUUUCUGCAACAGAAAGGAUUUCAGUGAAGAUGAAGACAUAGAAUUUGACUUAACAAAGUGUGACCUUAGAUCCAUCAAUCAAAUCAAGCGAUUACUCGGCAUGUAGAAAUCGCUCAUUCUACUCAAUUUAGAGAUUUGGUUUCACGCAAAAUAUACAAACGCCCGAUUACUUUUGCCACUAUCAGUCAACAUUCAUGAUAAGAAAAUAUUUUAAAUUAAUU